GCUAAGCAAGUAUGAAUAAUGUGUAAAGGUUCUGAAAUUGAGUCCAUGGAUAUUAAAAAGCAUGGACAUGUAGGAGCACCAAUUGAGACAUUACAAGGUGUAAAUGGGAAAAUGGAGUUGCAGCAUGAAGUUAAAUUCUUCAUUACUUUGUACCAUCAUGGCAGAAAAUUCCACAACUAAUUACAAGAAAACUGUGGGAAUCAAUUCCCUGUAUAAAAGUCCAGAAGCUUACAACCAAGCUGUUCUGUUGAUGAAGGUUGGUUGUAAGCUUUUGGACUUUCAUACACACAAAUAUAUUAUAGUAUAAUAUCUAUGUGCAUUAAUUUUC